ACUUUCCUUCCGGUUGUUUUACUGACGACCCUUCUGAUAGCGACUUCUGGAAGUCAUUUGCGACAUCACAAUGUCGUCGCCUCUCUUAGUUAUCCACACCUUUCCACGCCAGACAUAUAUGAUCUCUAAUUAUUUGAAGAAGGUAUCUGAUGUGAAAAAUGUGUUGCUUUCGAACUUAUUUGAAGAGACAGAUUUCUAUGUGACAUGUAAUGGCCGCAUCACACAGGAUGAGGAGGAUGUGUCUGAAGGCCAAGUUUAUCAGUGUGUCCCUCGAUUGCUGGCAGGGAAGGGAGGAUUUGGGUCUAUGCUGCGAGCAAUUGGAGCUCAAAUUGAAAAGACAACAAGCAGAGAAGCAUGCAGAGAUCUGAGUGGGCGUCGAAUGAGAGAUGUCAACAAUGAGAAGAAAUUGAAAGACUGGCUCAGCAAACAGGCAGAUCGAGAGAGAGAGAAAGAAGAGAAGCGCCAGGAGAGACUGGCACGGAGAAGAGCAUGUCCACAACACAACUUUGAUGAUCCCAAGUAUGUAGCACAGCGCAGCAAGGUGGCUGAUGACCUGGAUGAUGCUCUACAGACAGGUGAGACGUGUGACGGGAGAUGGGAGAUCUCUGGUUCGGGACAAGACAGCCCGGCUGCUACAGUAACCAGCGCAGACAUUACAAGGAAGCGGAGAGCAGCAAGUGACCCACUAAUGAAGGCAAAGAGACAACGAGGAUGGCUUGGUAUUGACCCAGAUGUCCUGUCCAGUGAGAGUUCAGAUGAUGACAACCAAUCUUCUAGUGAGGAUGUUGCUCCGGCAGAAGAGUCAUCCAGUGGCCUUACACCUAAAGAUGACACACCUGGCAGCAACAAUCCGGCAACAGAUGAAUCUUCACCCAGUACCUCCAGCCACAGUGGAUCAGUUGCAGGCAGCAAGGACAGCACUGAAUCGAUUAAUGUCACAUGUGAGACCUCCUCUGCCUCCAAGAAGGAAGGCCAGGUUAGGGAUGAAGGGGAGGUAACUGCUGAAAGUAGUACCCUCUUGUCUUCUCUGCCUCCUCCUGUCAGCAUGAACAAACUUGAAGAUAUUGACCUUUCUGAGUUCUUGUCGGCUUCGGAGCUGGAAGGAAUGGGGAUGGAUCGCCUCAAGUUUGCCCUGACCCAGCGAGGGCUUAAGUGUGGAGGCACGGUACAGCAGCGGGCUGAGAGGUUGUUCUCAGUGAAGGGUCUGACACCCGACCAGAUUGACACCUCCUUGUUCCCCAAGCCACAGAACAUUAGGAGCAAGAAGAAAUGAAA